GUCCACGCAUGUCCGCUGCUUCCAGAUCAGGACCAUGCUGCGCCCAGGAGCCGUGCAUACGCCCUCCUGGCCAAGCCAGGAGGGCGUGGCGCGGACGCCGCUGCCAACGCGACCGACGCCGGGAAACGCGACAUGCUUUUGGCAAAUUCAUCACGGAUUCCCAUGCCGAUCCAGUCGGUUUGGCUCGCCAUCGCUUCUGGCCAGCCCGCCCCGCUCCAGUCUUGA